UUUGAUCGAAGCAAAAUUACGUAAAAUUGGUAGGAGCAAAUUGACCAAAAUUCUGCACCAUGGCGUUCCUGGCCGAAGACGACGAUGCGAUGCGCGCGUUCGAGGCCGUACUGAAAUUCGUGGACGACUUCACAGUCAACCAAGGUUUGUUGCCAGAUGAAGCACUCAGCGCAGCAGCUGACGUGCAACCUCCUACCACGAACGGGUCGGAAACGCCAUCAAACGGAGCUUUUGACAACGCCACUGUUGUUGUUCCGGCGAGUAAUACAGGACAAAUGCUUUGUCAAGGCUCAGUAAUACGAGAACGAUUAAAAGGAAAUGGGACUGCUUCCCGACCGGUGUCUGACGCCAUCAAAGCGAGACGCCGAGCAGCUGACAACGCCAGAAAACGGAUGCUGAGGAAGGCUGGAGUCUAUGGAGACCCCAACCGUGCGCGCAACGAACGCAAGCUGGAGAUUGCGUAUUUAAGGGAGAAAGUGGGACAGUUAGAGAAGGAGUUACAGACAUUACAGGAACGCCCACUUCUCACGAACUCAGAUAGGCGAGAGACUGGAAAUUGUGCCAGUGCACCGCCGAAUUGUACUGAAGUGCAAGUUUCUAGUAUUUGGGAAGGCUUUGCUGCUCGUCAGAGAAGUCGGAGAGAGAAAGCAGAACGCGAAAAUGUACGGCUGAAACUGGUUUUGGAAGGUCAGAUCAAAGUAGCCAAGAGCUUGGAGAGCUUACUACUGAAGCGGGCCCAGCAGCAGGUACGAGAAGCUCUUUAUACUUGUAUCGCUGAUGCUCAUGUAGUGUUAAUUAAUGCUGUUCGGUGUGUGUUUCAGAUUGCUGAGUGCACUUCCUCCAUUCAAAAGCCAGGCGAUAUUUGCCCACUUGGCCGCACAUUGGAUUUUCGUGCAGAUGCCGCAGACUUCCAGGAAUUACUGGAGUAUCUCGACGCAGCAUAUAGUGAAGUGGAUGCAGUCCUCGCAGCAAACGGUUUGGCGGCGAUGGAGAUGACACAGCAAGAUAUACAUAUGCGUGAAGGCGUGAAUGGUAUGUAUCUUGAAGUGUUUUCGAACAAGGUUAUGCCCUUCGGGCAGCACGCAACUGCUGAGGCGACUUGGAACUACUUCAAGGGCUCGGAGAAGCACCGAGGGAAUCUAUACGCCAAAGCGGCGCAGAAUCUGGAUACGCCAUAUACCAUCAUCGAACAUUUUUCCAAGGAGCUGUUCGCAGGAAACUCGAGCACAGACGUCCGUGUGAAGCAAAUUAUACGGCGAUACGUUGAGGCUGAUCGCGAAGUUGUGGUCUGGGUUGCGACGAUCGCCCCUAUUGAGAUCAAGCGCAAGGCCUUCGCCGGACUGAGUUCUCAUCACCGUAAUUACGCUGUCAUCAAGCGCGCCAAGGCGUCUACACCCGAGCGGGAACUGUCACUUUUGCAACUUGUCGCACACGUGACUCUAGAUACUGAGGCGGGCACCAUCUACGAUCCGAUGUAUAUCCGAGCGCUUACCGACUUCCUGUUGAACAAUGCGGCGGGCAACGUCAAGGCUGACCAGGAACUCAUCGAAAACGUUCUCAUGGACCAAACACUGGACCAGCACUGACGCGAAUAUAGCUCGUCCUGAGCUUGAAAACACGUGUCAGAGGCGCUCCGUACAGGUGACGACACUAAGUCGGCGUAGACCACCUUUUUGAUCGGAGCAGGCCGGAAGGCGGGAAAAAAGCGUAAGCAUUGCUUCUCCAUGUUUACAGCCCUACCAUGCUAAAAUAGAGGGGGUUGGUUGCCUUACAAAAUUGAAAACGAAUCAACAUUGACUAUUGUAUCACUAUACAGUGUU